GCAAAUAUUUGACAAUUGAAUUCUCGAGGGGGGAGAGAGAGAGAGAGAGAGAGAGAGAGAGAGCAUGAAGAAAUGGUAAAGCCCGCAGGCUUGGACUGCGUUGCGUGUCCAAUUAGAUAGAAGAGGUGAGAGAGCAAAGCAGCCAUCGCGUUCUUCACUCUCCAGCUCUUUUCUAUCUGGAAGCUCAACGCAAAACCGAGUUACUGAACACGACAACGUCGAGCAUCAGCCACUAAUUAUCUCUUUUUAAUAACCCAUUAAUUAAUUGCUUAACUACCUUAUCACCAUUAUCAUCGACAACUAACCCCCCUCAAGUCAACCGUCAACAAAUCAGAAUCAGUUUCUCCGGUUCAUCUUCCUCCUCCUGCUCUGAACAGGAAGUUCUCGAAUCAAUGAAUCCCAAAUUAGGAUUUGGGUUUCUUCUUCUACUGUUACUCUGCUACUCAAUCGACUCGAAAUGCAGCAAAGGAUGCGAUUUGGCUCUAGCAUCCUACUACGUUUGGCAAGGAGCUAACCUUUCAUUCAUCGCCGAAGUUAUGCAAUCAAGCAUCUUAAAAUCAACAGAUUUCGACACCAUCCUCCGCUACAAUCCUCAAGUAACAAACAAAGACAGUCUCCCAUCUUUCAUCAGGAUCAGCAUCCCUUUCCCCUGUGAAUGCAUCAACGGUGAAUUCCUCGGCCACUUCUUCACCUACAACGUCAGAAGUCAAGACACUUAUGGAACGGUCGCCGAUACAUACUAUGCCAAUUUGACCACGACUCCGUCGUUGAUAAACUUUAAUAGCUACCCUGAGGUUAAUAUACCCGAUAACGGAGUGCUUAAUGUGAGUGUUAACUGUUCGUGUGGGGAUAGCUCGGUUUCUAAGGAUUACGGCUUGUUUAUGACGUACCCGCUCCGACUCAAUGAUACUUUGGCGUCGAUUGCCAAUCAGACCAAUCUCACGCAGUCGCUGCUGCAGCGUUAUAAUGUUGGUUUCGAUUUUAAUCAAGGGAGUGGUGUGGUUUAUAUUCCAACCAAAGAUCCAGAUGGUAGCUACCUGCCCUUGAAGUCGAGGUAACAACCAGGAAUAGCAGGCGGCGUUGUUGCUGGCAUAUGCAUAGCAGCAGUAGCCGUGGCACUGUUGUUGGCAGUUUUUAUAUAUGUGGGAUUUUACCGAAAGAAGAAGGUGAAGGGAGCAAUAUUGCUGCCAGCAUCUCAAGAACUCUCUCCACGAAUUGUUCAAGUACCUGGAAGUAACUCCAAUAAACCUGUGGAUGCGACUGGGUUCCAAGGUCUUACAGGUUUAACUGUGGACAAGUCUGUGGUAUUCUCUUAUGAAGAACUUGCUAAGGCCACUGAUGACUUUAGUCUGGCAAAUAAGAUUGGUCAAGGAGGCUUUGGGUCUGUAUACUAUGCAGAACUGAGAGGCGAGAAAGCUGCCAUUAAGAAGAUGGACAUGCAAGCAUCAAAAGAAUUCUUGGCUGAGCUCAAGGUUUUAACACAUGUUCACCACCUAAACCUGGUCCGAUUGAUAGGAUAUUGUGUUGAGGGUUCUCUUUUCCUUGUCUACGAAUUUAUUGAAAAUGGAAACUUAAGCCAACAUUUGCGUGGCUCUGAGAAGGAUCCAUUGCCAUGGUCUACAAGAGUGCAAAUUGCCCUUGAUUCAGCUAGAGGCCUUGAAUACAUCCAUGAGCAUACUGUCCCUGUUUAUAUUCAUCGUGAUAUUAAAUCGGCAAACAUACUGAUCGACAAGAACUUCCGGGGAAAGGUUGCAGAUUUUGGAUUAACAAAACUAACUGAGGUUGGAAGUACAUCACUCCCUACACGUCUUGUGGGUACAUUUGGAUACAUGCCGCCAGAAUAUGCUCAAUAUGGUGAUGUUUCUCCGAAAGUAGAUGUUUAUGCACUCGGGGUUGUCCUCUAUGAACUUAUUUCUGCUAAAGAAGCUAUCGUCAAGUCAAAUGGUUCUAGUGCUGAAUCAAGGGGCCUUGUUGCUUUGUUUGAGGAUGUUCUUAAUCAGCCUGAUCCUAGGGAAGACCUUCGCAAAGUAGUUGAUCCAAGGCUCGGAGAAGACUAUCCACUCGAUUCAGUUCGCAAGAUGGCCCAGCUUGGCAAGGCAUGCACCCAAGAGAAUCCUCAGUUGCGGCCGAGUAUGAGAUCCAUUGUGGUUGCUUUAAUGACUCUUUCAUCCUCGACAGAGGAUUGGGAUGUUGGCUCCUUCUAUGAAAAUCAAGCUCUUGUCAAUCUAAUGUCAGGAAGAUAGAAGGCAAGGUCAUCACAUCUUAUGAAAUGAUUAUGCGAAUACACCAAAAUCUUUUCAUGUAGAUGUAUACAUAUAUCGUUAAUCUGUAAAUUUGAUAGUUGUAAAUUGAUCUGGAGGGAAUAUAAAUUGUAGCAUUAAUCAUUUGAUGAACACAUAAAAUUCCGAAAGAUAUAUUUUUUUUGGUUGAAAUCUGAAAUAUCAGUUCAUUCAUCAA